AUGAAUAAAGGAUACUUUGGAAUGCUUGUUAAGCUAAGACGGCGUUACCGAAGAGCUUAUCAAGUACGUGGUCCAACUGUGGAAGGACAACUUCUUGAUCAUGUGGACCAGGAUGGUGAUCCACAUGCAUAUACCAUAGUAAAGGAACGCAAACCUCGUUCUACGCCUAUAAAAAGGAGGAACAAACGGUGCGUUGAUCGCCGUGCCGGUCGUCGUGGUGGUGUACGUCGCCGCACUGUUAUUGAUAUUCAUUUAGAAGUCUUAGACGAAUGUCAAAAAGGGGACACCAAACUGGUACAGGAAGACUUUUUGAAAUUUUGGUUCAAGAAUUUAUGGGUUCUAAGUUCAUAA